AUAUUUAUAUUAAAAAACUUAAAACAAAAAAACAAAAAUGAUUCUUUUUUUCUAAUAGACAUUUCUUUUGUGAGAUAUUCUUUUUUUUUUUUCCCAACAAGGACUAGAAAGUUAAAUAUUAUUAGUAGUUUCAUUCGGUCACUGAAAAGCUGGCUUUAUCUUGAAGCCCUUGUAGAGAUUGCUGCUUUGGUAGUUAGUUCCUUUAUGAAUUCCAACACCAAAAAGAGGCAGAGCUUCCUCCCUUCCAAACCACAAUAUGCAUGAGAUUCAAGCUUUCGGCUAUCUCGGGGCGGGUUUGCUGGCGUUUAUUUUCUCCGGGAUCUGCAUCAAAUGCAUGUCCGAGUUUUGCAGCCGAGUGAUCCACCGCCACACCCGGUCCGCGGCUGCCACGGCACAGGCCGCCGCGGGGCGAAGCGGGUACCGGGAAGUGGUGGAAGAAACACCGUCCGCGGCCUCGGCCGCAGCGGUGUAUUCAAGAGUUGAAGCGGUGGGAGGCGGUGAAGAAGCUUGCAGCUGCGCUAGUGGUAGUAGUAGUACUAGUAGCACAAACAGUGAGGAUUCUUUAACUGAUCAGAAGAAAGAUUGCUUGAAGAAGAAUUGCAUAAUAUGCAUAAGUGAGAUUGAAAAUGGUGAGGUUUGCUGGGAGCUAAAUGCAUGUAAUCAUCGGUUUCAUGCCGAUUGCAUUCGGAAAUGGGUGAAGAAGAACAGCAGCUGCCCUUUAUGCCGAACUCUGGUUAUUGUUCAUUCUUUGUAAUGUCACUUCUACUUAAUUGUUUUUUCCCUUUCUAGGAAUCUUAUUAUCACUAACUUACAUGUUUAUUUAUUUAUUUUAUGUAUCUUGAAAAUGACCUUGUCUGACCGUUUUAAAUAGGAAUGAAUCUCAAUAUAUC